GUUCCUCAGGUUGCGCUGCCUGGAAACCGAGGGAGCCAUUGGAGAGGCGGAGGGUGGGGGUGGGGGCUCCCCGACCCUCGGAGGAGCCGGGGCGCAGGCGGCCAAGGCGAGCCCAGAAGCCCGGCUCCUGAACGCGGGCGCCGGCAGAGCGUGGACGGUGCUGCUGGCGGCCGCAAGGCCCCGGGGGGCCCGCAGGGGAGGAGCUGGGGAGGAGGCCGGAGCUGCAUGGAGUUUCUAGGGCGCGCAACUCCGGCGGGGCCUCGGCCACUGGGCUCCGGGGCGCAGCGAGGCAGCCGCGCACAUGGGCUGAACCCGCGCGGCCAGCGGGAGCGGGAGGGGUAGAAGAGAGCGCGGUGCAGGGGGUGCGGGGCACACGUCCCCAGACGGGAGCAGAGGACAAGGACAGGGAGGCACGCGCCCAGAUCGCGCUCCGAGUCGACGAGGGGGCUCGUGUCGGUCUCGGCGCGCGCGUGGGGAGCGGCCCGGGGGCGCCAAGGGAGCCGGCGGCAGCGAGGAUGCCGGCGCGGGGACGCGGCUGCCGGCUGGGGGUGUGAGCGAGAGGCUGAGCGCUGCCCGCUCGGCGCCUCCAUUCCGCGCCGCCCCCUCCCUGCGGGCCUCGGAGGAAGCCCCCCGCGCGGUGCGGAGGCGCUUCGGCUGCCGGGCUGCGGAGCCCCGGCCCAGCGAGAGGGAAAAGAUGCCGUUCCACCAUGUGACCGCCGGCUUGUUGUACAAGGGGAAUUACCUCAACCGAUCGCUCUCUGCUGGCAGUGACAGUGAACAGCUGGCUAACAUCUCUGUGGAAGAGCUCGACGAAAUCCGAGAGGCCUUUCGGGUUCUGGACCGGGAUGGGAACGGCUUCAUCUCCAAGCAGGAGCUGGGCAUGGCCAUGCGCUCUUUGGGGUACAUGCCAAGCGAGGUGGAGCUGGCCAUCAUCAUGCAGCGCUUGGACAUGGACGGGGAUGGCCAGGUGGAUUUUGAUGAAUUCAUGACCAUCCUUGGCCCCAAACUGGUGUCUUCAGAAGGUCGCGAUGGUUUUCUUGGAAACACGAUAGACAGCAUAUUCUGGCAGUUUGACAUGCAAAGGAUAACUCUGGAAGAGUUGAAGCACAUUCUCUAUCAUGCCUUCCGAGACCACCUAACGAUGAAGGACAUUGAGAACAUCAUUAUCAACGAGGAAGAGAGCCUGAAUGAGACCUCGGGGAACUGCCAAACAGAGUUUGAAGGAGUGCAUUCCCAGAAGCAGAACAGACAGACCUGCGUCCGGAAGAGCCUCAUAUGCGCCUUUGCUAUGGCCUUCAUCAUCAGCGUCAUGCUGAUUGCAGCCAACCAGAUACUCCGGAGCGGCAUGGAGUAGCAGCCUCCCGCCAGCCACACUGUGUUGCAGCUCACCGCGCAUGUGCAUGCCCUGCGGGCAGACUCUUCCUCCACACAGCAGACACAGACCUAUGGACUAUGGAUGGAUGUGGACGAUGGAACCAUUCAGUAAAGAACCCAAGGUUGAGUGCAACUGGGGUUGCACUUCAGCUUCAUCUCCUUGGCAGGGACACUAAAGGGCUGUCUUCAGUGCUUUAAUGGUUUUGUUUUCUAAUGCAAUAAAUAGCCAGGAUUUCCGAAUUACUGCUUCAACCAUCAGUCAUAACUCUAGAGAAAAACUUCAUCUUCAUCUCGGAAUUCCAGCGGCCAUCCAGGUAUAAUGGUGAGAGAGCAAGAGAGAGGCAUGAACACACAGUCACCUCCACUCCCCAUUCCUUCAACCCAAGGGUCAACAGGACACUCUCUGCUGAGGUCAACCCUCAGUUCCAAGAGGCUGACUUCUGGGUUGCCACAGAAGAGAGGGCUUUCCAUCCCACCCUGGCUUCCUUCCUCCACCCAGUGGAGACCCCCCCAAGGCAUGAGGGGAAAGCCAUUAAGUGGGGUGCAGCCCUGGUGGUCUUUAGCUGCACCCCUCACCGCUUCCGUUCUUACUGCCUUUUCUAGAGGACUGCCAUUGGUAGAGCUGGGGUGCUCUCAGUUUCCGUUGGCACUUGGCUUUCUGUUCCUAGAGCCCAUCCCGCACCAGCAUUUUGGAAUCUGCAGAGAGCCUUUCUCCCAGCUUUGCCGCCUGUGCUGCCAUUAGAGAAAAAAAAAAAGAAGCGUAAUCGUGGGCAUCUCUAUCACAUAGACAGAUAUAUAUAUUUGGCUUCUUCGUGUGUGACGUCAUUCUUCCCUAAUCGCUUACCCCUAAUAUAAGCUUGUCCUCCCUCCCACACUCAUCCCUGCUUCUUUGGGGCAGGGGUGAGGCAGGUUGAGGGGGAGGGGACUGAGACUGGCGGUGAGGUUUUGACACCCACACCCAGCCAUCUGGAGUCAUGGAGACCCACCACGUCUCUAUGCCAGAUGACCUUUGUAAGUUAAGGUCCUUGUGCAUCUUACCUUUCCCUUACCUUGGAGUUUGCUUUGUUAGUUAGUCUUCCCCAGCUAAAAAGAGAAAUGCAAUCCAAAAUGGAAAGAUGGAGAGAUCAAACGACUGUAUUUUACAUAAGAUCUUCUGGCCUUCACAUUCUGCAACUGACUUAUUUUCAGGAGGUGGGGGGGAAAGAUGUUUAUGAGUUUAGCCAACAGAACAGGUAAUUUACUCCUGCCUGCAGAAUACUUUCGUUGGGGAAGGUAACUGAACCAAGGAUCUGUUUUCAACUCCAUUCCAAGUCUGUAAUUUCCUGACUUUUCCUAGAUGUCAGCCACUACUAUGAAUUCAAGCUUGUGUAGUCAGAUUAGCCAGUAAUCUCUAGAUGUAAUAGUUCCCUUUGUACUUUUCCAAGCUCAGGUCUUUAUUUUGUAAUGGAAUUACCUUGCUCCUACUUCUUUUGAUUACAUCCUAAAACUACAUGCUUCCCCCCUUUCUUCCAGUAUCGAGCCACCAGAAGCUUUCUUGUCUCAGUGCAGUGGGUAGGGUUUUUGGUGCAUUGUGUGUUCCUGAUCUCCCUCCCUGUCUUCCCGCUCAGCUUUCUCCCUACUGCCUUCUCAGACUUGGAGCACCCAAGGUCUCCGAUGAGAGUUUUCUCAUUCACCUCUGCAAGUGCUCCUGGCAACAGCCUGGGGGCAGCUGUAGAAACUUUCCCUUUGUGGGAGAGUGUGAAUAUUCCUGAUGAGCACAAGUAAAACUAGGGUUUGAGCCAUAGUAUGGAGGAGGGAGGAGAUGUAAGUUCCCAAGAGCCUGGGGGAUUGCAGGUCCCCCUGCAAAACUUCCUGGAGUUCAGCCCAGCAAGGCCAGACCAAGGAGGCAGCAACCUGCCUUUCCCCCUUACCUGCCCUGCUGCCUGCACGCUGCAUGCCUGCCCCUUCUGUCAGUCCCGUUGGCUGACUCACCACUGUCCCCUUAGGAUUGGAAUUCUGAACUAGAACAGGUCCAAAUGCAGAAUACUAACACAUCGAACAACCUCAUCCUUAAUAUCUGCCCUGGGCAGUUUGCCCUUUCCCAGCUGGAUUUGGAUGGGAGGGCAGAGCAGAUCUUGAAGGGAUGUAUUUUCCUAUCUUUCCCUGACCCCUGAACCACCAAACCACGUCCUCCUGGGGAUAGGGGUGCAGGACCCUAAGUAGACUGGGUAGAAACCCCAGGGAUGAUUCUUCAAAGCCCCCUCCCCCAUGAGAGGGGCCUGAAAUGCCGCAGCUGAGGCUGGUCUUCAGGGCAGAAAAUGAGUACUUCUUCGAAGGCGGCUUUUCUGCAAGUUCUUCUGCCUCCUGCUGGAGAACAGAGACCCUUCAGGAGGUGGGUGUUAGAUUUCAUCAGCAGAGAGAUUAGCCACUGUGCAGGGGUAGGGAGGAAAAGGAGUUCUGGAGAGGCGCCAUCAUCCUGUUUUCUACAAAGGCUGCAGGAAUCCUUCCCUAACAGUGACCCUUCUUCUCACUCCCAGUGACCUGGAAGCAAGCCCACCCUCCCCAGGGGAAAAUCUAGGAGAAUGCAUUCCUCUGCGGACUGCUAGAGAGAGACGGCAAGAAGGAAGAUACGGAAUUCUUUCUGACAGCUUAGGAGUUAACUUCCCACCGUGGUAACCCCCCACGUGGCACCCAGGGACUGAAGGACACAGUGGGUGGAGACAGCCCUGAGCUAGCGGCAUUCCUUAGACUUCAGGAGCUCAGAAUUUGUCCCGGUGACUUGCACCCUGAUUGCUUUUCUUGGACAGUUUUGUCUUGGGUAUAAGGAAGGCUUCUUUGUCAGGCAGCCAACUCCCAGCCCCGUUCACACAAAUUUUGUGCCAGGGCCCCAUGCCAGUCAGUGUCCCCAUCAUGGUGACUAUGAAGCUAAUGGCUGAAGGUUCCAGAAGGUCCUGGUCUCCCAUGCCCAAGGGAUGCCAUGUAGCCCCAGCUGGAGGUGACUUCUGCAGGAAUUAAGAGGGAAGAGCCCACCCCUCGCUCUGUCCUCCAGCUAACAGACUUAGGAACCAGUGACCUUGGCUGCCCAGCUGCGGGGAGACUGAGUGAUUGACAAACACAGGUUGGCUCAUUCUUGCUGCAAGAGCAGAUACCCCCACCCUCGCCCAGAAAAUACAAGUGAUGAUCAAGAAGGCAGUUUCCUUGGGAGAGAAGAGGAAAUGGACCCUGACUCCCUUGAUCCCCAAAGAAGCUGUGCCCCACCGUUCCAGAUACCAACAAAGCCCCCAAACAGAAUGUAGCAUCGGAACUACUAGCAGUGGCUUCCAGAAUGUGCAUGGGUCCCACGGGACUGAUCUGACAAAAAAAAAAAAAAAAAAAGAGAGGAAUAUUACCAUGGCAACCCUUGCAUCCACCCUGAAUUUGCCAAGGCACACAAAAAUAGGGAACAUUUUCUUAAAGAACACUCCCAAUUCAGCCUGAGUGCAACCUGACUCUCUGCAUCUGUAUCCUGCUGGGAGAGGCAAUUACCCUUAAAGAAUCUGGGUGGUUUCUCUGCCUUUUUGUCUUGCAUUUGAACUUGUCCUUCUAUUUACUCAAGAGAACAGGAGCUACCUGUAAGCCCUGGUAUCUCCCCAUCCCUACUCCCAGCCCCUUCUCCCAGGGUCCAGAGCCAGGACCCCUUAAUCUAGGUAAACAGGCAGAAAUAUCAUCUUGGAAGGCAAACAAGAUUUUAAGCCUCCAGUCUUUAAAAGUAACGGUUUGCCUGUUGAGACACACUCUCGCAAGCCAGACGUGUGAACUUUGGUGAACUGAGGUUUACAUGUGGUCUUAGGCAAACCCAGUGGUUUCAGAAAUGUCUGGGUGUUUUAUUUGCAGAGAACAAGAUAUGUCUUAUGAGUCUCCUUUUUUGAUACCUGCCCUGUCUCAAAUUUCACUUGACAAAUGGUCUACAAUCUUGCAGUUAUCCAAAAAAGCCUAUGAGAAAUGAACAGCUGCUUUUGACAGUAAUGCCCCUCCCAACUUCCCAUUCAUAGAAUCAUAAAGCGCUAAGUUUCAGAACUGAGAGAGAAAAAUUUACCUUUAAUUCCAAAUGCCUCCUACAAGGCUUAAGUCCAGACUCAGGUCAUAAAUCAAAGAGAGUUUUGCACAUUGCUCUUCACCUAAAUCUAGCAGUUUCCCUGAGGCCCUGUGAGGGCAUGGACAGAAAAUGAAGGGUGCAACCACCCAGGACAGCUCCCUGGUUUGGGCUGACCUGGCCAUGUGUGGUUGCAUGUCCUAGGAUCCAUGUUUACUGUGUCCUUGCUCUCCUUCCUUGCAGAAGCCGCUAAGCUCUGCUCCUCCUAACUGCAGGUCUCAAACCCUAUUGGGUCAUUUUGCCACUCUAUUUCUCCAAAUGCCCUAGUCAUUACAUUUUUCACCGUUUCACCAAGAUACAGGGAGGGUCUGGAAUUCCCCUGCUAGGAAGGGCCCCUUUUCCUAUAUCACCAUGAUGAUACAGAUGAACUGAGAUUAAACUUUUAGACUUCAGCACAUCGCACAUCCUGGUUGUAUAACCAAGAGGUCUGCAGAGCUGCGACCUGAAGAACAUCUGUCUUAAAAGACCUCAAAUCAGAACAUUCUCAUUGGCCUCUUCAGUGAUCCCCAUGGAGCUAAGAGUCUGUAACCGAAAGGCCUUACCAUAGCCAUCUUCCCUCCACACCUGAUUGCUCAACUGCCCUAGAAGGGGAGAAUCUGUCUGAAAUAGAAAAGAAGCAUUAAGGACCAGGUGCGGUGGUUCACACCUAUAAUCCCAGCACUUUGGGAGGCCUAGGCAGGUGGAUCACUUGAGAUCAGGAGUUCAAGACCAGCCUGACCAACAUGGUGAAACCCCAUCUCUACUAAAAAAAAAAAAAUACAAAAAUUAGCUGAGCAUAGUGUCGGGCACCUAUAAUCCCAGCUACUCUGGAGGGCUGAGGCAGGAGAAUCACUUGAACCCUGGAGGCAGAGGCUGCAGUGAGCCGAGAUCGCGCCACUGCACUCCAACCUCGGCAACAAAGCAAAACUUCAUCUCAAAAAAUAAUUUUAAAAAAAGAAGCAAUAUUCACCAGCUAAGACUUUUCCAUUUAAAUUAUUUAAAGUGAUGGCAACAUAGAGGAGAAUGAGGGCUGCCUCUUACCGACCCUGUCUCCACAAUAAUUUGAGUGUCACAACUGUUCAGCUUCACUUCAUACUUGCUUUGACUAAGUCACUCAGGGGACUGUCCUCAAUUUUUUGGCCCUUUUUGGCCCUGGCAUAAAUAGGUGUAUGUUAGUACAUUUUGCAUUGUUAUAAAGGAUAGUUUAUAACACUGGAUAAUUUAUAAAGAAAAGAGGUUUAUUUGGCGCACAGUUCUGCAGGCUGUAUGAGCAAGGUAUCAACAUCUACUUGGCUUCUGGUGAAGCCUCAGAAAGCUUUGACUAAUGGUGGAAGGUGAAGGGAUAGCAGGCACAUCACAUGGCAAGAACAGGAGCAAGAAAGAGGAGAGGAGGUGUCAGUCUCCUUAACAACCAGCAAUUGCAUGAACUAAUAAGGUGAGAAUUCACUCAUUACUACGGGGAGGGCACUGAGUCAUUCAUGAGGAAUCUGUCCCUAUGUCCCAAAUACCUCCUAGCAGGCCCCACCUCCAGCAUUGGAGAUCAACAUGAAAUUUGGAGGGAACAAAUAUCCAAAGUGUAUGAUUGGUUUGGAGGAAUGAGAUCAAUUACGCCAACAAGCCAAGCAUUUCUCUUCGUAUCUAUGGUCACUGGUAAUGCAUAUGGUCACUUUGACAGCUAUGGUUUCUCCUUCAUAUUCAUUUGGGACUCUUUAUAGUGUCUCGAGAGACAUGAAGAUAUUGAUCAAAAUGUCUCCAAGGCAAAAUUAAUUUUAUUCCAUUGACUGGAAAUAUAUCACAAGGAAUGAGAUUUUUCCAGCCCCACCCACAAGACAGUCCUCUGAAAGUGGAAAAGCUCACCCAGUCACCUCCCCUUACCCUGACCUUGGGGUAGUUCAUCAGUUGAGCACACCCCCCGUGCCGGGCAUAGACUCACCCACCUCUUUUCCUCAGGUGUGAUGGGUUGGCUUUCAAACUAGUGCUUCUCACACUGUGAAGUUAUUGUCCAAGUGGAAAGGAUACAGAGGCUGGAAUUUUCCGGUGGGAUAGAAGAGCAGGCUAAUUAGGAAGAAAUAUUCCAGGGAAUGCAAGGUGCAACUGUGAUAUUGCUCCAUCCCUGGACCUGAGAGAGACAAAGAAAGUUCUUAAAGGGCUGCAGAUGCUGUCCUCUAAAGUUCUUCUCCAGAUUGCUGGCCUACUUUGGAAACAUGCAGAGCAUUGAGUGUCAAGGGGUUGCCCAUCAGUCUGAUCCACAUGACAGGCUCUGUGGAUUUCAAGAGCAGGCUGGUAGCUCGCCGUUCCUGGGAGGAUGCUGACAUCUGUCAAGCCCAGAAUGCCUCUCCCAGCGUGCUCAGACCUGUUAAACUGAGGCCAGGAGAGCAGAGGAAAGAACUCAAAAUGUGGUUAGUACUACCAGCUGGAGAAAGCCCAGGAGUUAGGACUCUUCCACCCACUAUCUAGGUUAUGUUGAGUGACAUUCCUCCCUGACUUCAGGUUUCUCUAAAGCCAGAGGAGAAGUCAACCAGACAAGCCCUCCCAUCUGUUUUGUCUGAAACAAGAUGGAGUGAAUACUCCCUACUGAGAGGGUCUGGAUUUCCCCCAUGAAUUGCACUAGGAACUGGCAGCUCCUUUUUGAACACAAGUCCCAAGAGGCAGUUGUGUUAAAGUCUCUCUUUUGGUGUCCGCUGUCUGUAAAUGAAACAAUGCAAAUUGGUGUAUGUCAAGUGUGUCAUAUCUUGCAGGCAAGAGGUUUUGUUUAUUCCCUAAGGACUUGCUGACUCAAGGGAGCAUCAAAGAUGAGCUUUCUGUCUUUGUCUUGGCAAGUGUGAAAAUAAAGGGAGUCAGUCACCUCCCCAAAGGUCAUGUGAAUCAGAAUUCAGGAGGAAGUUGGAGGAAACAAUGGCAGAUUCCAAGAAGAGAUGCGUAUUUCUCCAUCUGAGAAAGCCUUACUGAAAGCUACUGAAUAAAGAGCACAAUUUCCAGUUAUUUCUUUCUUUCCUUGUUUUUUAUUUUUUUUUUUCUGGCCACUAUAACAGCACUUCCAGCAUAUGUUGAUAGUGGCUUAUAAUUAUUCCUAAUACCACAGAAAGAAGGUGGUCGUGAUCUCUGGUGAUUGUGAGGAAUUAGAUUAAGAGUCCCGGGGGACAGGCCACCUGCGAUAGCUCUUUAAAUGGCUAAUGAGGGAUGCUGAGUGCUGAGUGGUGCCUGCUUUUGAUGUGGCCCACCCAUGAGCAGGGAGAGAGGGCAGGAAGAGAGGGCAGGAAGGGAGCAGCUGCAGGAUCCACAAGUCUCUAACCCUUCUGCCCCAGGCAAUAUAAAACCCUAGAUUCUCAUUCUUUUUCCCUCUUCCUGUAUAUCCCAGUAAUUGUUUUUCUAACAAACCUUGUUGUUCUCCCUGGGAAAGACCUAGAUUGGCCAAGAAAGGACCCUCUCAGCUCCUGGUGGAGAGCUGCACAAGCCAGUGCCUCUCAACUCUCUCCAAGGAAAAUUAAAGCAUAUUUUCUCUUUCUUAGCUCAAAAUCAGCUUUCAGGGGUCCUCGAGUGGCUUCUUAGUGGGGUCUGAUUUUCUUCCCCAGUUCUGAAUCCAGGAAGAAGCUAUUUCUCCAAGGACUAACCAAAAACAAUGACUUUGGAGGAAAAUUAGACUAAUUAGACUCAGAAAGUCUGUCCAGGCAUUGGGUUGGUGAACUGUCAUCUGUUGGGUGGGGAGGAGGGUUGCUGUGAUUGUAGCGGUCAUUAGACUUGGGACGUGAGCUGUCUCUCAAAGCACAGUAGUAAAUAACUGUAUUUUGUAUAUUGCCCCCAAUAUGUUGGGUGUAAAUAGAAGCACAGCUGGGGAUUGAUCACGGCCAGGACGAUUGGAGCUUGGCAGCUCUCAUAUCCAGAAUAAGCCACUAAGAUGGAGCUCAUCAAUCACCAUCUCCCCAUUUACCUCAUUAGCAUCCCAUUUUCUCUCAUUCAGUAUUAGUUGAUGAUUUCUGCUAUUAAGUGAUGAGAAAGUCAGCAGACUAGUCAAAAAAGAAUCUUUAUAUAAAAUGUACAUAUUAAUAUAAAUUAACUUAGCAUGCAACUUACCAAUCAAAUGAAGUAUAUAUUAUUAAUAUGUUAUCUUAGUGUAUAAAGGAAAACUGCCAUAUUUACCAGAUGUUUUCUUUAACCGAACUUGUCUGUAAAUAUAUAAUCUGUAUAAAAAGAGUCUAAUUUACCAUUAUUUAUGCAAUAGAAAAAAUAAAAGUUUUUUUUUUUUCUUUUGA